AUGGUUCAGAGAACCCCGCAUCAAAUUGGUGAAUUUCUCAACGAUCUUACCAUGCAGAACUUUAGCAGCCUGAUGUACCCCAAGGGAUGUGGGUGGAGUCCCUGCAACGUGCCGCUCUGCCAUCCAUAUGCCUGCGAUCACUACAUGGGCAUAUUUGACAGGCGCGGCAAUUUGAGAGACCCCACCCACCCAUGGAGUCUAAACAAGCUACUCCAAUUGCUCCAGCGUGUCCUAAAUAAUGACCCACUAACUGGAAUGAGCAUGUCCCAGCCAUAUGGAUCCUCGCAGAUGGAGGGAGAGUCGAAGCUAAGAAGAAUAAGGCAAGAUGAAAAACAAUCUCGUGAAUUGAAAUCAGGUCAAGAUAGCAAUAUAAACAUCAGGAAUCUGGUCACAGAUUUGGUCACAGGGAAAAGCAAGGAUAGGUUAGUUAAUAAUACUGAUGGGUUACCUUCCUUGAGGAAUCAGAAGAGAAGUAAGGAUCAAAUCUUUGCGUCCAACAAUCAGUCAGCUUUGAUUAGCAAACAAUUAUCAAGGAUUAGCUUUAAGGUAAUUGAGCCAAAGGAUCAAGAAAAAUCGAAUAAGUUCAAUUCAAUUCAAAAAGAGCAGAAAGUGGAACGUGAACCCAACAAAGAUAUUACAUAUUUCAAAGACUACAUUGCUGAUAAACUAAAUUAUCGUCACUAUAAAACACCAAAGGACGUCGAAGAUGAUGAUAUUUUUGUGCGAGGAUUCAUUCACCACGUCGAUUCCUAUUUCAUAAGAAAGGCAAUGUAUAUGCGCCAGAAACCUAGACAAUCAACUGAAGUGGAAUUAAUUAUUAGAAAUCAGGUCGAACAGAGUGGUAACAUGGUGGAUGCCGAUGACAUGGCCAAUGCCAUUCGUCUGGUGAAAUUUGAAGAUCCACCGCAGAUUAAGACGGACAGAAAGGAUAAGAAUAAGGUGGCAAUGGAGAUAUCCCAGAUGUACACUGAUAUUACAGCGAAAAAGACGCACCGUCGUGGCCAUAAGUAUAUUGCCGAACAGGUGCCAAUUCUAUUCCAUGCACCCUUCGAUGAGAAUAAACCCUGGACCUGGCAACAUCGACAUCCUGGACAAUUGCGGGUAACAGCCGAAAAUAAAAUUGGUAACUCUCACAUCAAACGAUAUCAUCCAGAUUGGGUCAAAAACAAAUUGAUUGAACUGAAAAGCAAAUAUCAAUUCACUCGCUUUAUAGUGUACGAGAAGAGGCGCAACCAAUGUUUGGAGGAAAAUCAAAGAAACCAAAACGAUCAUCAGCAAGUUCACAGUGAAUAAAUGUUAAUUAGUAAAAAUAAUAA